AUGGAUGUGCAUACCUUUAAGGUCUAUGUUACGGAGACCGAGAAUUUCCUGACAAAAUUGGAGCCCGUUAAACCAUCGUACAACAAACCCUCCGGAACCUUCAUCAACACUUUACCCUUUGAUUACCAUUCCAGUUCCUACUUUUGUUCCCUAGCGGCAUGUUAUGUUGCUAUGUUUAAGUCCGGUAUUUCCGAGGAUCACCUUACGAACAAUUUUCCCAAUUCACACUCCAACAUAGUAACCUCCAUUGUUCGUUUCCACCUCCAUUUCCACCUAUCGAGAUUCAUGCGUAACCCCAAUCUAUUAGACCAGUACCUUACAAGUGAUGAUAAGAGAACCAUCAGAAAGUAUACACCCGUACGUGAGACAUGGGUUAGGAGGACCGUCGCUUCCCACGCAAACCUUGGAACAUGGUAUUACGGCUUACCCGUGAGUGAACAGAAAAGAAUACGGCGUCAGAAGUAUCAUCAGACCAAAUACGGGGGCACAUUAUCGAACAUGAAUACCUGA